UGUUUGUUUGUUUGGGUUUUUUACUCCUUCUGUGUUCUGGCUCUCUGCAAGACGACAGCAAAUUGUACAGCAAAAGAAAAUUGCCGAACAUCAGCUUCAUGGCCAAGCGUGGGCCGAGUGCAUCAGCGAUACAACGCCGUUCUACCUACGGGUGAAAUAUUUUCGCAUUUAAAAUUAAACGCGGUCCCUGCAACGAGCGACCACCAUACAACUUUACACCAACCUUGUGUGCAUUCUUCAGCAGCAUCAUCAUCCACCAGGCAUUUUGGGGGUUCUAAGCGAAGCCCCUUCUUUCUCCCCACACCCGGUGCAAGCGAAGAAAACGUGGCUCCGGACAGGAGAGCAACGAAAGCGAGACCACAAAAAAUGAUGACUCGACGGAAAUCGGUACACGAAUCGACGAUGCAGGCGCAACUGCAGCUACAAGAGCGUGCAACCGAAGAGCAGCUAGCGCUUGGUGCAUUGGCGACCGGAUUCGCCAACAUACUCGGCCCAUCGCAAAGCAGCAGCACGGUCAGUCACAGCUCGUCAGUAGCGACCAGUAGCAGUAGUAGCAGCACCACAGGAACCGCAACACAACCAACACAAUCGAAGCAGGCAGCGGCGAACGGAUUAGAAACGGCGAAAAAGAGCUCGAUCUGUUCAGCAACAGUUACAUCGGCCACAUCGACCGCUCCCAGUAGUAGUAAUCUAGCGGCAAAGCACUCCGCCAUGGGAAGGAGUAAAACACCACGGAUCUCGAAACGAAGCGCACCGAUCGAUGUACCGCAAUCGACAGGAGCAGGCAGCUCGGGCACAAACACAACCACUGCACUAAACAGUACGCUAGUGGGUUCCAAUGCCACGCACGGUUCGGGAGGAACAGGCACAGCAGCAGCAUGCCCGAACCCUGUCCAGCAAACGCUCGCCCAGAACGGUAUGGAUCCGGACGAAAUACCGAAGUUUAAGGGUUACCGUAUCAUCGAGAUAGACCAUUUCCUGCAGUGGGCUGCCUACUCCCAGUUUAUGCACUCGAAGCACUGUCCCGGUGGGUUGCUGAAACCUUACCAGGAAUACAUUAGUGGAUGCUACUCCACGUUCGCCAUGAAGUGUAGCAAGUGUUCCGCGAUCAUAACACGCUCCUCGGAGAACUACAUCCAUCACAACAAGCUGAUGAACCGUUUGGUGAAGGGUACGGUACAGCUGGGUAAAGAUUACGACGAGAUGCAACAGUUUAUGGAAUCGCUCGAGGUACCGUUUGUGACGCGCGAAGAGUUCCAAUCGAUCCGGGGCCAGGUUAGCUCCUCGCUGGAAGAUCAAUCGGCGCUGCAGCGUGCGGUGGAAGAGCUGGAACGGGCGGCAUCCGUCGCUUCGAAACGGAAGCGACACGGUAGCUGCAAGUAUCACUACGAGGUGCUGAAGGUGUAUUUGAACAAGAAGAUGAAGAAAAUAGAAGAAAAUCUACAGCUUUCGGUUAACGAUUCGGUAGCGCUGGCGGUAAAUGCACAUCUGAAGAAUGUCUCCCACGUGCAACUGGUUCCAAAUGGUCUCACUAACACUACCACAAACUGUACAGCGAUCGGGGGUGUAAAUGGUGGCAUCAGUACCACCACGACCAGUAACAGUAUUGGAAAUCUCGCAAUUGGAACGAUCAACGUGCAGAGCGUGCCCAUGGCAACGUCCCUGAACGGUAGCAACAGCAGUAACAGCAGCAACAGUAUGUACAGCAGCAGUAGCGUUAGCAGUUGUAGCCGGUCCGGAACCGGUGGCACCGUUCAGCUGUCCCUGCCCGAACCUACGAUCGGUGGUGGUGGAGGUGGUGGUGGCGGCGGCGGUGGUGGUAUGGUAGGUGGCCGAAUUCCACCAGUCAACCGUGAACAGCACCACUGACCACUGGAACAGUUGGAAUGGUUGGGCUACUGGUUACCGGACGGAUAGGUACUGCUGUAAGCCGAGUGCGCGGUCACGUGCCAACUGUGGUAAUCGGACGAAACGAAACGAAGAACACAACAUUCGGGUAUCAGUACGUAUCUCGUCAUUAUUAUUUGCUUAACUGCUAGUAUCGAAGAUCUUAUCAGACUAUAUGAAAGAAUUAUUCUAAACAUACUCAACAACAGGAUCGGGUGAGUAAAACGAUAUUUUACCCAUUAGUUUUAGAAUCAUUUUUUUAUGUUCUUUUUUUUAUCUCAAACGCUUGUCUUGUUCGGACAAGUUAACAGUUAGCGUUAGUUAACGAAAACGAAUAACAAUCAUCAGGGUUAUCAAUUACCGAAUAGAUGAAUGCGUGCAAAAACAACGAGAUUAUUCAGAUGUGAAGGAUGGACAGGUAAACACGUAAUGUAUUAUGUGGCUAGUGGACUGUACACGUACAUACACAAAUAUACAGUGAUUAGACGGACGAACGUGUCCUUAGUAAGGAAUCCUUAACACUCACACCAGAUGAGUAUGGGUUUAUAAGUUUAAGGAACACGAACAAUGUUCUACCUUCGCUCCCAAAAGCACAUAGAAGCAUAGUGGUUUAGUUUAAAGCCGUUAAAGGAAUCAUAUUUUCUUGCCAACUCAGACUUAAAAAAACCUUGCCGACGAUCAUUUGUAACCCUAAGAGUUCCUGUCUGUCCCAACUCAGUUCCUGUUCAAUUUUGAAUGUUUCUGUCAGCGGAACGAGCUAGCCGGGUCGACGAACCGAGCGAAGGUGGACGCAAUUUCGCUCGUGUUCCUUGCGCUGUGUAAAAUGUCGUACUUAAAUUAGCCUUUACCGAUGUCGAUGGCGUACGAAACUCAUUGAGUGAGUUCGAGAUGGAAGAUAUUAUUUACCUGCUCGAUACUUUUAACCUUAUUUUUUUAUUAUUAUUUACAUUACCCCAAUGCAUACACGAGCAAAAAAAAAGAGUGUAAUGUAAUGCGCUAAUGUUAAGGUAGAACCACCAAAAGUCACAGGGCCGAACAGUGAUGGAGGGAGAGUACCGUGUUGCGGAUAGGUAGUUUUUAAAUAAACAAAAUACAAAUGAUGUAUCAAACGA